CGGGGAAAGCCAACAAGGUAGCAGAUGCACUUAGUAGGAAGUCUUCUGCAACAGUAAUGUCCAUGAUGGUAAUGGAUCCAAGGCUGAGGAAGGAAAUUGAAGAUUUUGAGUUGGAGAUUGUAGGUGGGCGACUAGCAGCUAUGACAGUGACUCCAUCAAUAUUUGAGGACAUGGCUAUGAAGCAAGAACUUGAUCCCGAGUUAGUUAAGUUGAAGGAGUGCGUCAAGGAGGGAAAAUGUCCUGAGUUUCGUUUGGAUGAGAAUGAGAGAUUAUUACUCCAAAAAAGGUUGUGCAUCCCGGACAUCGAGGGGUUGAGGAAGCAGAUUAUGAAGGAGGCUCAUGAGACACCAUUCACUAUGCAUCCUGGUUCGACCAAGAUGUACCACGACUUGAAGGAAAGCUUUUGGUGGUCAGGGAUGAAGAAAGAUGUUGCAAAGUUCGUUCAGGCAUGUUUGACGUGUCAACAAGUUAAGGCUGAACAUCAAAGACCAGGUGGAGAACUUCAGCCUAUCCAGAUUCCAGAGUGGAAAUGGGAUGAGAUAUCAAUGGAUUUUAUUAUGGGUUUGCCACAGACAACUGGAGGUUAUGACGCUAUAUGGGUUAUAGUGGACAGAUUGACUAAAUCUGCUCAUUUUAUCCCAAUUUCAGCAAGUAUUUCUUUGGAGAAGUUGGCAAAAAUAUAUAUACAGGAGAUUGUUAGAUUGCAUGGUGUUCCGAAGAGUAUUAUUUCAGACAGAGAUUCCAGAUUUAUGUCUCACUUUUGGAAGUGUGUACAACAAUCAUUGGGCACGAAGUUGAAGUUUAGUACUGCUUUUCAUCCUCAGACAGAUGGCCAGACGGAGAGGACAAAUCAGAUUUUAGAGGAUAUGUUACGGGCAUGCGCUCUUGAUUUUCAAGGAGGAUGGGCUAAAUACCUUAUGUUGGUCCAAAAUAGGACGCUCGUAGGCUUUUAGGAAAGCUACGUACGACACUCAAGCAGGAAUUAGGAAAGUACGAAUAUGGAAAGUUAGCCAGAAAUAGCAUGUAGAAUUUGCUUCCCUAAUCUGAAUUACAACCCGCCUUUUAUAGGUGUAUACAAAUCGUAACCGCUAUCGAUAAUAAUGACUAAUUAAUUACAACAUUAAUACGGAAUUAAAUACAUAAUUAAUAGCGCAUUAAUUGUUUGUCCGUUACUCUUUCGGGCUGGGAGGUCGACCGGACUGGCAGGCUCCCCACUGAGCUGGCAGGCAGGCUCCAGGUUGUGGACUUGGAUCCACGGGUCCAAGUUCGGGGCUUGGGCUGAUUAGGCUCUGGGCCUAGUUCCAUAACUCCAUCACGAGUCCCCCACUCCCUUAGUCGAGUAGUAAACUCGGCUAAGAGGGAGUAAUCCAAGUCAGUUGCUCUUCUUCGAGACUAGAAGAUCCCCGCCCUUGUCCAUGUUGGGGAGAUGCCUCAUUAAAAACCUUCAUUAGAAAAAACCCAAUGGGAAAAAAUCCUAAUGAAGGGAAAAAGAGUACAUCUGACGCCCCCAAGAUGAAGCAAGAGGUGAGAUCCUCAGCCUUUAUUGUAAUGGUCACCAUCUGCGAAUAGGAUGGCUAGAACUGUUCUUCUCGUUGAGCUCAGACUCGUCAGGUUCGUCAUUUGCUUCCUUGAAGACGGUAAGACCCUCAGUCCCCCACUUCACUCAGUUGUACCUACACAUAAAAGAAACUAGUGUAGAAUAGAGCAUCUGGCCUGGUGUCAAACCACGGCUCAGUAUGUAAGCGAGUCGGACUCACUACUUGAAAAGAGUGACAUCAAGUUCCCAAGUUAGGCCUCAACCCAGUCUUCGAAAGAAAGAUUGAAUCCGCGAGUAAGUGAGGCGGACUCCUCACUCGAACGGAUAAUCCAACCCUAGAGAACUGAAGUAUAUCAACCUCUUCGAGAAAUGUGAACGUCAAUUAAGUGACAAAAUUGCCCGGAAAAGCGUGGCUCUAGGCCCCUAACAAGAGUUUAACUCGCCGCCCGAGGUUAGUAGUUCGAACCCGCAAGUAAAGACUUUUGAACGGAUGACUCGUCCCCCGAGGUCGGAGUGUGAUGCACUAGGAAGAGGCAAGAGCACACAAGAACCCGUAAGAAGUCAAGAGUGUGAGGUAUUAACAUUUAUAUUGGAGCUUAUUAAUCGCCACACCCAUAUGACAUGACCCGGUGGCGCGAGUGUGUGUGCUCGGCCAUUGUACGAGUGUGUGUGCUCGUCCGGUGUAUGUGAGUGAUCGGAUUUCAUAAGUCCGUUUUUCAAUGUUAAAAUUACACACGCUCAACAAGAGUUAAAGCAAUUAUACCACUUAAAAUAUCUUUUCAAAUGUUUCAAUUUAUGAUUUUUUAAAAUCAUAUAUUUCCACAUACUAAUAAUAUGGAGAAAGCUUUGGAAUACUUAGCUUUGAAUUGGGCUGAAGCUUGGGCAUGUGGCUGAAAUUUGGACCAUCAAAGAGUUUGAUUGGGCCGCAUGUGGCCUGUCCUUCUUAGUCCUGGCAUGACCCCUCUUAAUAGCCCAACUUGGAACUUCUGCCCUUGUGUAGUUACACGCCUAAUCAGCCACUCCCUUAUCGACGGAAACCAGAGGAACCGUCAAACCAUUUUGGAGGCGAGGAGAGAGGAAAAGGCCGGUCAAGUUGCUGAGUUCAUCGUGGCAGCUCGAAGCCUUGAUCCCGUCAGAGCACCAUCGCAGAUUACCGCUACAGCAGGAUUCCAGAUCCGCCCAACCCACCUUUAAUGGCACAACACCUAAGUGUGAGCGGCGAGGUUGGGGAGGGAAGUAGUGAGCGACCGGACAACGAAGAUACUGGCGAAGACGACGCUCGGAGAAUUCAACGACGACGGAGAUCCCCACGUUGCUAGCAAUGAUCGGAAAAGCGGAGGAGUGGGGGAGCUGAGACCUCAGGCGACUUCAAUCGACAGAUUCCUCACGUUGUGUCAGUGGUACGUUGGAAGGGUGAGCAGCGGGCGAUUAGGCAAGCGGUGGCUGCCGUCGUGAAGCUACGGGUCACCAGAUUCUUCUGUUCUUACCUCCUCUCCAGAUAUGAAAAAUUGCUAGAAAUCUUUGACCUUUUCUGGAUUUUUCUUGUUAAUUCUUACCAAAGUGAUGAGAGAUAAAACUCUCAACGAAAGCACCAAUGUUGGUCCAAAAUAGGACGCUCGUAGGCUUUUAGGAAAGCUACGUACGACACUCAAGCAGGAAUUAGGAAAGUACGAAUAUGGAAAGUUAGCCAGAAAUAGCAUGUAGAAUUUGCUUCCCUAAUCUGAAUUACAACCCGCCUUUUAUAGGCGUAUACAAAUCGUAACCGCUAUCGAUAAUAAUGACUAAUUAAUUACAACAUUAAUACGGAAUUAAAUACAUAAUUAAUAGCGCAUUAAUUGUUUGACCGUUACUCUUUCGGGCUGGGAUGUCGACCGGACUGGCAGGCUCCCCGCUGAGCUGGCAGGCAGGCUCCAGGUUGUGGACUUGGAUCCACGGGUCCAAGUUCGGGGCUUGGGCUGAUUAGGCUCUGGGCCUAGUUCCAUAACUCCAUCACCUUAGUUUGGCGGAAUUUGCUUAUAAUAAUAGUUAUCAAGCAACCAUCGGCAUGGCUCCAUAUGAGGCGUUAUAUGGGAGAAGGUGUAGAUCUCCCAUAUCAUGGUAUGAAACGGGAGAAAAGAAGAUUCUAGAAGAGGAGUUACAAGGAAGGACUGAGUUGAUAGAUGAGACCUCAUAAGCUAUUAAGACAAUCCGACAAAGGAUAGAAUCUGCCUAGUGCAGACAGAAGAGUUAUGCAGAUGUUCGAAGGAGACCUCUAGAAUUCGAAGUGGGUGAUUUUGUUUUUGUCAAGAUAGCCCCGAUGAAGGGCGUGAUGCGAUUUGGGAAGAAAGGGAAGCUUAGCCCCAGGUUCACCGGACCGUAUGAGAUCACCCGACGAGUUGGGAAGGUAGCUUAUGAGCUCGCGCUACCUGAAGAGUUUUCUGGCAUUCAUAAUGUCUUCCAUGUUUCGAUGUUGAGAAAAUACUUUGCUGAUCCGGAGCAUGUUUUGAUACCCCCAACAGUGGAAGUGCAAAAUGAUUUGUCUUACGAGGAGAAGCCAGUACAAAUUCUUGAUCGUGAGGUUAGACGUCUUCGGAAUAAAGAGAUAGCUCUAGUAAAAGUGUUGUGGCGAAAUCACAAAGUUGAAGAAGCUACUUGGGAGGUUGAGGAUGACAUGAGACGUCGUUAUCCUGAGUUGUUCUAAGUUUCGAGGACGAAACUUUUAUAAGGUGGGAGGGGUUGUGACACCCCGAUUUCUUUUAUGAGCUAAUUAUUUUAAUAAUGAGUUAUUAUUAUUAUUUUAGUCAGCUAAAUUUUUUUUGUUAUGAAUAAUAUGAUAUUUAUUAUUUGACAUGUUUUGGCAGGUAACGUGGACUGGUAAGCUCAUAAUAAUUUUAAUUGAAGAAAUGUAUUUUUUAUCUGUUUAGUAUAUUAUUGAAAGGGAAAAUAUUAUUUUUUUUUUCAGUUGGGUCAUAAGUAUUUUCUUAGAGGACUAAGAGACCCAAAUUAGUUAUGUUAGCCCAAAUAAGUAUCCUUUUUAUAAUAAAAGCCCUAGGAUUAAUGUUUUGUAUAUGCAUACGCCUAAUACCGUAGAAAGACCUGCGCCUUCCCUAACCGUGAUUUCGGCUCCUCUCUGGGUUAUCUCUUCCGAAACAUUUCACCGCCUUAAACUUCCCGAUCAAAAGUUUAGCUCUAAAUCAGCAUCCCAAACCUGGUAAGUUGAAUUCCAUUCGCGUCACUUAUAUUUAUUCUUCUAGGAUUGUUGAAAAAAUAACGAACAUGAACUGCUGCAAGAUUU